AGAGCCACCCACGAGCAGGACAACGCCCGAGAAGAUGGACAUACUGGAGAUCCAUGUGGAACCCAGUGAGACAAUCUCGGGAGGCGAAGGCAGCGCCACACCCAGGCCGGGCCGAUCGUCACGAUCAUGCCACCGCACACCCCAGUGCCCCCACUGCCGGUACCAAAUCGACGAUCCUCAUCGGAUGCGCCGGCAUCAACAUGAGAGGCACGGCGAGACCCACUCCUCCCGGGUGAACGACAUGCCACGACGCCCAGGAUAUAACCGGGACCGGGAGUGGAAGCAGGCGCAGGAGCAACGACGCCUGCAGGCCAGGGCACACUUGUCACCUUGGCGCCGCUAUAUUGAGAAGCACCCGGAGGAUGUGGAGGUGCUGAGCCUCCCAUAUGCCUGGGAGGGGCAGCCCAUAGUAAGCCCGGAGUGCCUGCUGGGUGUUGUAACGCCCGUACAACAAACCCCACGGCAGCAAGGACACGAGCCGCUGCAAGAGAGGCGGACAAGGAGCGACUGACGGCUAGCGGAGAGAAGGAGGAAGCUGAGGACAAAUUUGCGAGCGAUUGAGGAGGAGGAGAACUAUCAGCGGUAACUGGGCCAGGAGGAACGAUGCGAGAGGGGGAGAGUGAGAGAAGAAGGAGAGGCUGAGGGAGAGAAGGAACAACAGUUAAGCAGAAGCUUGGAGGAGGCAAACGAAGAGAUAGGGCGACUAAGCCGGAAGGUGGAGGAGCUAGAGGAAGGGGAAAAGAUAAAACAGCUACGCGAGGAUUUACUCCUCAGCCCAUCUAAUAGUGAGAACGAUAGCAUGGGGAGCGGAACAGCUGGCCGGGAGGGGUAGAAAUAGAUAGGCUUAUGUGCAUAAAUAUAUAGCGAGGGAGAGGAGUCCAGUAUAUAUAUAGUACCUAUAUCCAGUAUCUAUAUAGUAAUCAGGGAACUGUUGAGAACCAAGGCGAUUUUUUUUUUCGUAUACACAUUGUGAAUAUUAUAUUGUGAAUAUAGAGAUGAUUUAAUUAUUAGGCAAAAUAUAUAUAGUUUCAUGAAUAUUGCAAUAGACGAUUGUACGGGUAACAACGAUGAGAUAUUAUAUGGUUAUUAAAACUUUCACGUGGUAAAACAUUUCUAUGUACAGUGUCUACUUGCGUCCACUUACUAACCCUAGCUUCAACUCGUAACAACAAUAAUGAGAUGAGA